CGAUUUUGUGAAGUCCCUGCUUCGCCAUGCAGAGAUAUCUGGUCUUCUUCUCCUACAUUGGGACCAGGUUUCGGGGCGCCCAAGUCCAGUUGCCACCGGGCCCACGACUUGAACCUUACGAAGACAGAAGCACAGUACAGGGAAUGUUCAAUCUGGCACUAUGCCAUUUUAGAUCGGCUAAUACACCUGUGUUCGUGCUCUCCAGCCGGACGGACUCGGGCGUGCACGCUCUCUCCAGCAGCGGUCACGUGGACCUGGCCCACCCGUACCACGAGGAGGGCCGCGUCUUUCGGCCGGCACGGCUCCUUAGGGAGCUCAACCGCUACUUCGACAAAACGGCCACCGAGAUCAGCGUGCAGCGCGUGCUCUGCGUGCCGGAGACGUUCCACGCGCGCUUCAGCGCCGUCAGUCGCGCCUAUCUGUUCCGGCUGGGGGUGGUGCGUGCGGAGGCGUGGCCACCCGACGCCGACCGCACCGCCUGUGCGGACCCUUGAC